GUGAAGGUGGAAUAUGAAGCCAAGAUAAAGAACCUCACCCGCGAAAACGCCCUGAUUUCUACUGCAUGGUACGAUCUCACGACCCGGUUGCAGAGCAAUCAUGUGGUAUUGCAACGCAGACAGGACGCCCCGAGGAGUUGGUUGAACAAACAGAGGCAGAUGGUCAAUGCUACGCCGCGACGAUGA